AUGAAAAUGGAUCAAAAUGCCGCUUCCAACUACCACCAAGGCUUUGAAAUCUCCGGCGACUUCCCCUCUCAGCCCCCCUCCAAAUUCUUCGACGACGACGGCCGUCCCAAAAGAACCGGGACUCUUUGGACUGCUAGUGCACAUAUUAUCACGGCGGUGAUAGGCUCCGGCGUGUUGGCAUUGGCGUGGGCGACGGCGCAGCUGGGUUGGGUGGCCGGACCCUCUGUUCUUUUUCUCUUCUCAUUCGUAACUUAUUACUGUUCGUGCCUUCUUGCAUCAUGUUACCGCACCGGCGACCCAGUUACCGGCAAACGAAACUAUACCUACAUGGAAGCUGUCAAGUCCAAUCUUGGUGGCUUCAAAUUCAAAAUCUGUGGCUUCAUUCAGUACUUCAAUCUUACUGGAACUACAAUUGGGUACACCAUUGCUGCUUCCAUUAGCAUGAUGGCGAUAAAAAGAUCGAGUUGUUUCCACGAGAAAGGUCAUGAGAAUCCAUGUGGAGUAUCAGGGACUCCAUUUAUGGUAUUGUUUGGUGGUGUGGAGAUCCUCCUCUCUCAAAUUCCAGAUUUCCAUCAGAUUUCAUGGCUGUCAAUGGUGGCCGCCGUCAUGUCCUUCACUUACUCCGCCAUCGGUCUUGGCCUCGGGAUCGCCAAAUUUGCCGAAAAUGGAAGCAUCAAGGGAAGCCUAAGUGGUAUUAGUGUUGGAGAAGUGAGUCAAACACAAAAAAUAUGGAGAAGUUUCCAAGCAUUUGGAGCCAUUGCUUUUGCCUACUCUUACUCCCUUGUACUUAUUGAAAUUCAGGAUACAAUCAAAUCACCACCCGCAGAGCACCAGACAAUGAAGAGGGCUACGUUAAUAAGCGUAAUAACAACGACCAUCUUCUACAUGCUUUGUGGAUGCUUCGGUUACGCAGCUUUCGGAGACCAUGCCCCCGGGAACCUUCUCACCGGCUUCGGUUUCUACGACCCGUUUUGGCUCGUUGACAUUGCAAAUAUCGCCAUUGUAAUCCACCUUAUUGGUGCUUACCAAGUGUUUGCACAACCCUUAUUCGCAUUCGUUGAACAAACCGCUGAACAAUACUUCCCCGAGAGCAAACUCGUCACGAAGGACAUCCACGUUCCGAUUCCGGGAUACAAACCCUACAAACUCAACUUGUUUCGAUUGAUAUGGAGAAGCAUGUUCGUGUGCAUGACCACCAUCGUUGCCAUGUUGAUUCCGUUCUUUGAGGACGUUGUCGGGAUCCUUGGAGCGUUCGGGUUCUGGCCGCUAACGGUUUAUUUCCCGAUCGAAAUGUACAUUACUCAAAAGAAGGUACCCAAAUGGAGUAGUAAAUGGAUUUCUCUCCAGAUCUUGAGUGCAGCUUGCUUGGUUAUUUCGGUGUGUGCGGCGGCGGGAUCGAUCGCGGGAGUGAUUGAUGACCUCAAGGUCUAUAAACCCUUCAAGACCAUGUACUGA